UACAGUACGACGCGACACGAACGAAGGCGGGCGUUUACGUUUUAUUGAAGCGCAACGUCGAAAACUCGCAGCGAAUGCGUGUUUUACGCGAAUUGCCGUCGCAAUUUUGAUAAAAGCUAAAACAGAAAAAACAAGCGCUUGUGCGUAUAAAAUAAUACUGUGUUAAAAUUAAGCAGCCGCCAUUUAGUGCCGAAGCGCGCGAGUCGUCAUAAGCGUUUAAUUGAAGUUAACGCUAAUUACUGCGAACGUUUGAGCGCAUCAAUCGCGCUUGGAGUUGUGCGUGUGUGCAGAACUAACCGGUGUUGUCGUGUCGGCUGCAUACGCUUCGAACGCGGCUGCUGCUGUGCGUCUGUGUAUGCGUGUGCGCGCAAUUAAACGCUUUUAGCUGCAUUAUGGCGUUGACAGCUUGUCAAUUCAAGCGCAACCGUUACGCUACAUCGCUACUAAUACCGCCAGCGCUACCGUUGCAGCUAACCCAGUCACAAUUGCGGUCUCGUUUGUCAAUGUCAUCACUUAUCUGAAGCGCACAACGGAUGCACUCCACCACUGUACUCCAACGGCAAUCGGUAGCAAUCAGGCGCGUAUGUGUGCGUGUGUGUUAGUGUGCGCGUACGCUAUAUGGCCACUGAAGCGUUGCUACUUAUCAACAGUGUUGUUGUUAUUGUGCCCGUCCGUUAUAGUCAGUGAUUCAAGCACUUUGUCAUUUUGCCGAGUUUUCAAUUAACCAGCAAACCGCGAAGCUCAUUCCGGCCGUACGUUAGUUAAGCAAACAAUUGUGUGCAUCGAAAGCGGCGCUGUCCAUCGAACGUUCAAAUAAUCGCUUUCAAGUGGCAGUUGCAUUUUUUUCAAUUUCCCGUCCGGCCGGAUUUCGCCAUUGUCUCGCGCGCGCUCAUUGUUCUUCCGUUUGUGAUAUUCGUACAUUGUGUUGACCGCAAUUUCGCAAAUGGUCACGUGCGGCCGUCAACCGUUCAAUAUGCUGCCAAUGGCGCCGAUUAAUCCCUUUGUCGUUGGCCUAACACCCACUUCAAUGGCAGCAGCAGCUGCAGCGGCGGCGGCCGCCGUUGCGGAGUCAACGACGCGCUCCAUAGGCAGUGGCACAGCAACAACAACGGUGGCAACGGCAACCGUAACGACUGCAAACAUCAAACCAAAGUUGGCGUUCAGCAUAGAUUCGAUAGUUGGCAGCAACAGCAAAAAACGCGAUGACGGCGAUCCCACGCAAACAACAACGAAUUGUCGACCAAUACGUCCUACUGUCAUCUCACCACCACUCUCCUCCUCGCAACGCAGCGACAGUCCAGAUGAACGUCCAAAUGGCGAGCGCGAUCGCGAUCGCUUACUGCUCCCGUACGAGCGUCCGCCCAGUCGCGUCAGCCUUAGCCUCAGCGAAGACUCCCAUCAUUGCCAACAACCAUUAGAAUUAAGGAAUAGCUUUACUGUGAAUUAUCGCUCGGCAGCGGAUCAGCACCACACUGCACUCGCACGCCCGCCCAUGGGUCUCAUCUAUUGUCGUCGUCGCUCGAUAUUGGAUCAAUCGCCGGAACGUGAUUGCGCUAGUCCCCUACUGGCGGGCAGAUGUCGCACACGAUCGCGUUCACGUUCGCCCACUCGCCUAACGACACAAACUUCCCGUGAACCUAAUAUAACUGUUAAUCGUAGUCGCACGCCCUCUCUUUCGCCCACACCACCACACAGCCGCGCCACACCACAAUCGCCUCAAACGCCAGGUAGCGCCAGCGGCAGCAUAGGUGAGCUUAACAAGCGACCCAUUCAUGUGCCUGGCAUACCGGCCGGUUUGAUACGCCCUUUACCAAUGCAAGCGCCACAAAGUCUUUCUCUACUUCAGUCAGGCAGUGGCGGCGGCGGCGGUGCAGUUGGACCCGGUGGCGCGCCUAACUCGUUAGAGGGUGGCAACGCGUCUGGCAACCCUGCUGUUGUGCAUCCUUUAGCGCCAACGAUACCCGGAUCGGUACCGCCAGCACCACCACAACCACACGGUGGGCCACCGCUACCGCCAUCUGCGGCUGGUGUUGUUCCACCUCCACCUCCGCCGCCUAAUCCACACUUCCUGGCAGCGCAAUUUCAAAUGGCCGCUGCAUUAGCGCAUCAUCACCAUCAGCAGCAGCAGCAGCAACAACAACAUCAUCAUCCCGCAGCGCAUUUGCCGCCAGGCCAUCCAAUGGCAUUAUUCCCGCCCGGGCCGCAUCAUCCGCACUUUGGCGGGCCACACCUGAUUCGCGACAGUUACCCGCUCUACCCGUGGCUGCUGAGUCGACAUGGACGGAUAUUUCCACAUCGAUUUCCCGGUAAUUUUCUGCUUCAACCGUUUCGCAAGCCAAAACGUGUGCGUACCGCGUUCUCACCCACGCAACUGCUAAAGCUGGAACAUGCCUUCGAAAACAAUCACUAUGUAGUGGGCGCCGAGCGGAAGCAGCUGGCACAAGCACUGAGUCUCACAGAAACGCAGGUCAAAGUUUGGUUUCAAAAUCGCCGCACCAAGCACAAGCGCAUGCAACAGGAGGGCGACAGUGACUCGAAAAGUCAGAAGGGCAGUCAGGCGGGCGACAUGGAGGCGAGUAAAAACGAUAGUUCACAAAAUAGUUUCGAUGAUCAGGAGGAAGACGACGAGGAUGAGCUCAUCGAAGAGGACGAGGACGAAGUGAUCGAUAUGGAUGAUUAUGGCAGCGAAAUGGAUGCUGAAGAGCAUCAACGAUUGCGUGAACAAUUUCAACAACAAUUGCAGCAACAUCACGAACAACUGCAACAGCAUAUGCAACAACAACAGCAGCAACAGCAGCAAGCACAAGCGCAUGUGCAACAGAUGCAGCGUGAACAGCGAGAGCUUAGGGAGCAGCAGCAACAACAACAGCAGCAGCAGCAACAACAACAACAACAGCAACAACAUUUCAUGCAACAUCAGCUGUAUUUGCAUCAGCAAGCACAACAGCAAAAACAACUGCAUUUGCAACAACAACAGCAGCAGCCAUAAUUGCCGCCGCCGCCCAAGCGUGGAGCGUUCGCGCAUAAUGAUGGCCAACUGUUGCAUUUAUCUGCGGCUAAUUGCCGCCACUGGGCGUGGUUGUGAACGUUGUUGUUGGCGAAAUACCAAACUACUUCACGCUCUCUCGCUACUCUUCGGCCGCGUGUUUGAGUUCCUUUGGCGUUGGCUGACAAAUUUAAUUCGCUCUCCGUUUACACUUCUUGCUCCCCUCGCAGUUAGUUUUUUUUUUUUUUUGUUCUUUUCUUUUGUAAAUUAUUCCACAAAACUGAAUUGUAUUAAUUAAUUUGUAAAUUAGACGCUUAGACAGGUAAUAAUACAUUUACGAUUAACAAUUACUGUGUAAUAAUUAAAACGCAAAGCAAAUGUUAUAAAUCAUAAU